AUGAAGAACAUUAUUUUAAUAUUAACUUUGGGCCUCGCGAGUGUAAUCUCAAACCCGGUAACGACGUCAAGUGAAAAGCCAUGUAUAAAAUCCGUUAAAAAUAAUGACAAUACAGAUGUAUCGUUGCACACAGAUUUUACCGGAGAGACUGUUUUAAAAGAAAUUGAAGCUAUAAAUAGUUCGACAUAUGACAUACCAGGAAAUUCAGAGGAAACCGGCAACAUAGAGGUCAUAUUUAAUUCGGCCGAUAAUACGCUACUUAAGGAAAACGAAAUAAUUGAUGAAGCAGAAGAAUAUAUUAAACCAUUACAGAACACACAGGAAAUUGAAAACACAGAUGUUGCAUCCAAUAUUGGUGACGGUACACCUACAUUCGGGGACGGAGUAGUAGAUAUUGUUAUUGAGGAGGACCCAGUUCCAUCUGAAGACAUAGAUAACACAACUCCAUAUGAAAGCACCCCGGAAAUACAGAGUACUGUUGACAACGGCUUGUCUAUGACCCACUAUUUGUUCAGGAAUGCUUUAGAAAGCCGCAUUCAAGAUGAAAUAAUGGCAUCCGCGAAGGGUUUUGCUCCAUUGCCAAUUUUUAGUUUUAGAAGAAAGCAAAACCCUCGACGGCGAUUCGCCAUACGACGACGUUACAACAGGUACCCGUACAGAAGAUUUCACUCCGCUUACCCGUACUAUGCAUUUUAUCGCCCUAGCUCUCUAAGAUUUUAUUAA